GUUGCCUUGCUAGUUUGAGCCUCAUCCGAAACCAAAAUAGGCCUGGCUCCGUUGCCGACGAAUUCAUGGUGUGGCUGAGAGAAACACAGCUCGGAUCAGAAUGUCAAAUCGCCCGACACGUACAUCUUGAGAACAGAUCGAACCCAAACCAGAGCUUUUCAAACUUCUUUCAUCUUCAAACAUUCUGCCCAAUUCUGAAACUCUUCUUCUGCCAAGAGGAACACAUUGCACGCCGACAAUAACACGACUUGCAAGGCUACGCAAGCAAUAAAACAUACCGAUCUCAACAAUCAACCUACCAUUCCUGAUCGCAUCGCAAGACAGUCAAGAUGACGAUCGCAGAGGAGUUCGCAACCAGGAAUUUCAGCAUUUAUGGUCAAUGGACCGGAGUCAUAUGCAUAUUCCUAUGCUUCGCCCUUGGUAUCUCUCAUCUCUUCCAUGUUAGCAUCAUGAUCCUGUUCGGAGCUCUCUGCCUCGCAAGCUCCUUCCUCAUCAUCUUCAUCGAAAUCCCUCUCCUGCUUCGCAUCUGCCCUACAUCCGCCAAGUUCGAUACCUUCAUGCGCCGAUUCACAACGAAUUACAUGCGCGCCGGAAUCUAUCUCGCCAUGGGUAUUGUCCAGUGGUUGUCCAUCAUCCAUGAGGCAUCAAGUUUGAUCGCAGCAGCUAUCAUGCUGACACUUGCUGCUUCAUUCUAUGCUCUCGCAGGUGUUAAGGGUCAAGGCUUUGUUGGAAGCAAAACUCUUGGUGGACAAGGAGUUGCACAGAUGAUCAUCUAAGGCUAGGAGACGACUGGGAUGGGUUGAGAAGAAAUUGGACUACUAGGAAGUACAUCGGAGGAGGAUUGAGGAAUGCGAUGAUGGCGAAUUGAAGUAGAAAAUGGUGUGAGCAUGCGGUUUGGGGCAUGGCGUUCCGGAUUUGCGGGCUGGUUGAUCUGGCUGGAUGACGAGUUUCUUAUUUGCAAGAAAGCUUAGGGAG